AUGCCCAAAGACCCCACCGGUGACCCCAAGGCUCACUCCGCCGACGAGUUCAAGGAUGGCAUGUCCGGAUCCUGCCUCUGUGGCAGCAUUACCGUCACCAUCAACGAUCCAGAGCUCUUCAUCAAGAAGCGUGGCCAUCUCUGCCAUUGCUCUAAUUGCCGCAAGGUCGCUGGCUCCUACGUAGCCUCCAACCUGCUUAUCGAGCAAGAGAAGGUCAGCAUUGUGGACAGAGACGGCACUUUGAAGACCUAUGAGGACAAGGACAGCUUGAGUGGGAACCCUGUGUACCGCUCCUUCUGCUCCACAGAUGGAAAGUGAGUUGUACUCUCGUGGCUCCGUGACCGCACUCGAGCAUGCUAACGCCUGGAUGACAAGUCCUGUCAAGUCUGAGACUGCGGCCUAUCCUGGCAAAGUCGUGCUGAAGAUGGGCAUGUAUCCUCGAAUUCCGCAACCAGAAGCGGAGGGAUUCGGCCUCCACAAGCACGAUUGGCAAGGCCAACACCAUGGCAUUGACACGUACGAGAUUAAGUGGGCUGGUCCAGAGAAGAAGUUGAUGGCCAAGGGUACCUAGACACAGCUUGCCAAAAGUUUCGACGCGCCUGCAGAAAGACUUGUACAGACAUGCUGCCGGUGGAGUAUCCAUAAGCACUUUGGAAACAGCACCUUGAUGGUCACGUCACAUUGACCGAGUUGCCGAUUGUCACACCAGUUUCUAUCUCCGCAGCACACCGUCCUAUUCGCUUCACAUUCAUGGAGUCUGCUAAAAUGAUUUUUAGGAAGACCUUAUCACUUCAGCAUCUGUCACAAGUUGCUCGACAUCGGCAAGGUCCUCAAUGUGAGCAAGAGGUGCUGUGUGGCUUUCUGAUUUCUCGCGACUUAAUUCGCGUGCUCUGCGCUCAUGACAUUCAGGGAAUGCUUUGCGGCAGACAAUCUCGCGAGUUGUGCCUUCGACAAAGCGAACAAUUCCCUGGAUGCGCCUGACUUUCACACAAAGGUUAAUGAAGCGAAGAACAGCAUGAUAGAACUUACGCACUUCCUCGUUCACCUUGCAAUCUUACCAAGGCUAUCGCGAUUGAUACUUGACAGGCUCAUUACAAGCAUGAAUCCUGCCAUGAAACCAUUGCUGAACUCUUGGAAGGCAAGUCAUCGACGUUCUGGCUGUCACUCACAUGAACUAAUCGUCGUCAGAGAACUGAGAACCAUGUUGACGGACUUCUUCAGCCACGUGCGGCAGGAGAGAACCCACAAGACAAGAGCCUCUUCAAUUCUCUCCUCCAACAAGAUCUCGAGGAACAUGAUCUCACUCGCAGUCGUCUGAUAUACGAAGCCAAAGGUGCCAUUGGUGCGGGCAGCGAGACUGUUGCAUGUGCAUUUGCUGUUACUACUUUCUACGUUUUCAACCAACCGGAGAUAAGAGCUCGUCUAGUCUCUGAACUCAUGGAAGCCAUUACAGAACCGGAGACUGCGCGAGACUACGAAGCCCUCGCCCACCCUCCGUACCUCUCGGCUUGCAUCGAAGAAGGUCUCCCUCUGGCUUAUGGAACAGUAGAGCCCAGAGACAGGGCUUACGAUGGCGGCCUUCUAAUCCAUGGGGACUGA